AUGUUUUAACAGCAUAAUAAUACUAUUUCAACGUCCCGAUCUAAUUCAUCCAUAAAUCAAACUCCGAGGAGAUUAAUACGUGUUGGCACUCCUUCUGGUAUUGACAAUGCCAGUGCUAUGAAAAAGAACGAAGAAUUUAACAAAUAAAUAGAAUUAUAUAAACAAAGAGAAUCUCACUACAAGAAAAUCAUUUUUGCCAAAGAUUAAGAAAUAUCAAUGAUGAAAUCACAUAUCUAAUAAUUAGAAGAAAGUAAGUUCAAAGAUAAUUUAGAUAUCAAUCAGAAUAAUCUGUCCAAUCAAAUAUAAAAAUAAAUUUAAGAUCUAACUUAACAAGUCCAAAUCUUGUUAGAAUCAUACAAGUAAAAAUCUAUGUAUCAAAAUUUAGUUAAAGGAUAAUUGAAAUUGAAAAUCUCAAAAAAUCGUAAGGUCAUGAUCAUACAGAAUUAGAAAGGCAAGUCUUAUAAUUACUAAGAGAGAAUUCUCAAUUAAUGAAUAGUCUAACCGUUUCACACACUCAAUAGGAUGUUUUAUCCAAAAAGAAUAGUUUAUAGAAUAUAUCUAAAAUACAUCCAUCCGAGACUUCUUGGAAACAAAGGUUUAUUAAAUUGAAUAAAGAAUAUUAUGAAUUACAAGAAAAGCAUGCCUUUUUAACAGCUGAAUUAGAAAAUAACAGAUCUAACUUUCGAUCCCCAAGUUUAGAAAGCUUUGAGGCUAUUAUCAGAUAAUGA